AUGACAACAUCCGCUCAAGAAGCUUUUCAACUGCUUCGUGAGCCUUGCGUUGCGCUCAACGCAGUUGCUCUAGGCUUUCGCAGUAAUCAGGGAUCCGCCGCCGAUGUCACUCGAGCCCUCGAGCCAGUGUACACCUGUUUGAACACACUUGCCGACGAUGGUACACUCAACUCCAGAAUCGCCAAUUACGUCUUCGAACCACUGUCCCAUAUCUUUAAUCAGACUCAAAGGCUUUCUGCAAGAUGUCUUGAGCUUGCAAUCAACUCGCUGCAGAUAUUGGUGUCUUGUGGAUGGAGUUACGACCUUUCGCCUGUGGUGGGUAAGCAACUCAUAAUUAUGUGCACGUUGAUUGUGGCCGGACCACCGGACCAAACCCAACAGCCGCUGGUAUCUGAAGAAUUGUGUAUUGCUGGCUUUGACUGCCUCGCUGCGGUUUUCAAAACUUUGAGAGGCGAUGUUUCCCAACGAACAAUCUUCCACGAAAUCGGUACGGCGACAAUCGUUGACCAGACGGUGUACAUCCUUCUCGAGGGUAUCGUCGAUCAAAGGUCAGAUGAAGUUUGUACAAAAGCUGCUCAAGCCCUUUAUGAUCUUUAUGGCCGCAUUACAGACCGGGUAGUCCUUGCCAGCAUCAUGCCUCGGACCGUUUCGGCAUUGACUAAAGUUCUGAGGCCCACAACCCAAGUCCGACGAUCAUACUCGCUGCUAGAAUUGUGUCUUCAAAUUCUUACGCGCCUCUUGAAGGCUGUUCUUAACGACAAAGACGCCGCUGAUACCUCCCCGCCCCCGUUGGGAAGCGAGAGAAUAGCUCUGGAUGAAUCCUGGCUGAAGGCCACCACAACACAAAUCAAGUUGGCAUUGUUCAAUGUCAUACAGGUCCGUCGUCAUGAGCGAAGUGAAGUUCAGGAUGCCCUCUUGGAACUUUGCACGAUGGUGAUUGAACAGUGUCAAAAGACUUUGGCAGACUCCGUGCCUCUUAUGGUUGAAACGAUCGUCGUUCUGGCAUACAAAGAAGAUGAACGAAACAAUAAUGCGUACCAACAGCUAAGCCUCCUUGGUACCACAUAUCCUUUUGUGCUGGAUUCUCUCAAAGAAUCAUUGCACACAUGGCUCACAUCAUUUGCUCGGGUUAUGCAAGGCAAUAAUGAGACAGCCAAACAGAGGGCACUGCGUCAAAUUUCAACCGUUUUUCAGUUGUUGUCCGACGCUCAGUCAGGAUCCAAUCUGCUAACCAUUGGCCUGGCCUCCGGUCUGUGUGAGAGUCUGGCUGCUGUCGUCAAAGAAAGUACCAACUCGCCUCAACCCUUGAACCCGGCUGAUGUUAUUAUGUUGAGACCAAAUGACCCGCCUGUGACAUCUGGAGUAUUCCCCUCAGUUGUUUUGGCACACCAGAGUCAACAACAGACUCUCCAGGACCUUCGCUCAUUGAUUGAUCGAUUGAACUUAUCCCAAUAUGGAACUGAAAUCGCUGGAUCAAUUGUGAACCGCAUUAGGGUCACUGGUGAUCACACCAUUGCACCGUUCUGGCUAGCGAUGACUUUCCUACGUGAUAGAACUACGGUCACUGCAAAUUUUGACGAUUUCAUCUCUUUUGAUGCUGUGGAACAAACUUCCCUGUUACCUUCACGUGGUGAACUGAUUGAAAAAAUGUACCACAUUUCGGUGGAAACUCUGAACGAAAACGAAACAGUCAGUGGUGAGGGUGACUGGCGUGUAUCAGCUCUUGCAUUGGAGGCCGUGGCACUUCAAGCCCAACACAUUGGCGAAGCUUUCCGACCUGAACUCAUGGAUGCACUGUAUCCAGUACUGGAACUGAUGGCAAGUCGUAACGGAGACCUCGAACAACAUGCCAUUAUCUGCCUCAAUAUUUUGACCAAAGCUUGCAAUUAUGAAAACGCAGGAUCAAUGAUCGUUGCAAAUGCAGACUACCUGGUGAACGCAGUAGAUGCGAAACUGCGCUUCGGCGGUCCGUCACCGCUGCCGGCAUCAGUUUUAUGGAUGAUGCUGAAACUUUGCGGUGCACCAUUGAUCCCAUACCUUGAUGACGUGAUUGAUGUGAUAUUGAAGCUUGUAGAUGACUAUCACGGUUAUCCUGCGUAUGCCCGAAAUAUGUUCCAAGUCCUGAAAUCAGUUGUGGAUGAGGGGAUUCGUCAGCCAUCCAUACUUACGAUCGACGAGGGCAAAGAACAUGGUCUCCAAGAUAACCAGAAAGCUCGCUAUGAGCAUCUCUCUAUCUCAGCCAUUACAGCCGACAUCGCCAACCGAAAGGCCAAACGCGAUGAGCGCUCCAAGACUGAAGAGAUAAAUGCCGACGGCAAGAUCUCUCACCCCAAGAAGCCAUGGGCUGAAACAUACGACAAACCUAAGCCCGAGCCCUCGAUCGAAGAGCUCCUCGACCAAGCUGAAUCCGACGAGCCACUCCCACCACCAAAGGAGCCAGAAGACGCUGAGAAACCGCUUACCAAAACACACUCUCUCCUCCUGCACAUCGCCAAACAAAUCCCAUUACACCUAACCACACCCUCCCUCGAGCUCCGCAAAACCCUCCUCGACAUUCUUACCGCCAUGAUCCCGGUCUUAUCCCAGAACGAGAACAGUUUCCUGCCAUUGAUAAACGACCUCUGGCCCGCAGUCGCAAAGCGCAGAUCCCCCGAUCCAGUCGGACCCAUGACGAAACAAGCGUCGCUUCGACCCAGAAGAAACUUGACUCCCGACACAGAGGAAAACAUAGCAAAGGAUCUCUAUGUCACAGAAGCCAGAGUCAAAGCAAUGGGAGCGAUGUGCCGAGCCGCCGGCGACUUCAUGGCCUCGCGCGUCGAAGCAGACUUCCCAUCAUGGAAUUCCUGGUACGAGUCUAAGUGGACGACAAUGACUCUUUGGGCCAAAUAUGGACAACCCUACGCUGAAGCAUAUGCUCUGAUCCCCGAAAAGAUCCGGCUUGAGGGCUCUGCUACCAAUGCCGAAAGUGGCGCUCGCAUCACUUUGAAGAUCCCCUUCAAUCCGCACCUCACUAUCGAUGACUCGUACCAUGGCCCUAGUCACUUCACCGAAGGCCAUCGUCAUUGGCGUGCAAUGCUUGACCUCUUUUUGAACAUGCUUGAGAAUGUUCGCCUGCCUCUAGAAAUGGGAGAUAAGAUCUGUGAGCACCUUGUCGCGUGGAUUUCGCUGUUUGUCAGUGCAGAUUACUUUUUCCACGAGAAGAGGACCGAGACUAUUGAUUUCGAUCCGGGUGAGGCAAUUCGUCCUGUUGAGAGGGCUAUUCAUGCGAUGGAGGCUUACAAUGCCGAUCUGACCUGGUUCUUGUUUGUGAAGCACCUUGUCGGGAAGGAUGGGUACGGGUCGAUUGAGGUUAAGGGUGACGAGGAUGUUAUGGAUGUGAAAUUGGGUGGUGAGGGUGAGCAUCAGAUUGUUUGUCGACUGGCUGAACUGGUUUUCUAG